GCCCUUCGUUCGGCGCGGGUCGGGCCGCUUUUCCGCAGGCCGGGCGGGGGGAGCAGCGCAGCCCCGCCCCGUGCCGUUAUUUCCUCCCGUCGAACGCCGUUAUCGCAGCUCCCGGCCCUCGGGGCGGUGCCGCUGUUGCUGGCUGUGACGCCCACAAGGCGGGGGUUUCCCAAGCCCAAAGGCGGCGGGGUCGGGUGGCACCGCUGUGCGCCGUGCCGUCUGGAGGCGGUGCCCGGAGCAGAGGUCUGCCUCACCUCCACAGCCUGAGCAGCUUUUUGUUCCCCUUCUGCACGGCGUGGAGGACGAUGAAGCCCUUUGGAAAAGUGCUUUGUGCAGCAGGGAGCCUGGCUGUGCUGCUUGCUUUCUUCUGCAGGGACACCUUCCAGCCAGAGCAGCUUUCUGGUGCCCGCGUCCUGCUGACCGGAGCCAGCACUGGGAUUGGGGAGCAGAUGGCCUAUCACUAUGCCACGUUUGGGGCUGAAAUUGUUCUGACUGCCAGGAGGGAAGCUGUGCUGCAGGAGGUGAUGGAGAAAUGCCUGACCCUCGGAGCAAAGAAAGUCUUCUACAUCCCAGCUGAUAUGUCUUCCCCUUCAGAGCCUGACAGGGUGGUUCAGUUCGCUGUCCAGAAACUGGGAGGGCUGGAUUACCUGGUGCUGAACCACAUUGGCAUUUCCCCUUUCCAGAUGUGGGAUGGAGAUGUGGAGCACACCCGCUGGCUCAUGCAGGUGAAUUUCUUUAGUUAUGUGGCGCUCGCAACGGCAGCUCUGCCCACCCUGGAGAAGAAUCACGGCUCCAUGGUGGUGGUUUCUUCCCUCACAGGGAAGAUUCCCACUCCUUUCACCACUUCGUACUCAGCCACAAAGUUUGCACUGGACGGAUUCUUCAGCUCCCUGCGCCACGAGCUGAUGAUGCAGAAGAGGAACGUCUCCAUCACGCUGUGCAUCCUGGGCCUCAUCGACACCGCCGCGGCGCUGGAAAAGACCCGAGGCAAAGUCUUCAUCGCUGCUUCUCCUGCGCCAGAAGCGGCGCUCGCCAUCAUUCGCGGCGGUGCCGCCCGCCUGCCGGAGCUCUUCUACCCGUGGUGGCUGCGGCACGUGCACGGCCUCUGGGUGCUGCUCCCCAGCCCCGCGUGCUGCAGAGCUUCUAUACCACAGCGCUCCGAACCUCAGCGC